AUGGCAGAGUAUAGACAUCUGGCAAAUGCCCACCCACAGUGGGUUGAUUUCCCUAACAAUCUUCCCCCAAACACCCGCCGAGUUCCCAUGACUAGGGACCAUCUUCCAAUUACUCCUCAAACUGGUCUGGACAUCGACGAAUUCACCAUCCCUGCCCGAGAUGGCCAUUCGAUCUGCAUACGCUCCUACAAACAAACUGGCGGCACGGACUUAGCGCUUCUGGCAUACCUGCAUGGUGGAGGAUUUGUCACAGGCGGCCUAGAAACGGAUGAUGCCUUAUGCCGCAACCUCGCAGCGCAAGUGCCCCUGGUGGUCUUGAAUGUCGAAUAUCGCUUGGCACCCGAGAACAAGUUUCCUGUCGGAUUUGAAGACAGCUUUGAUGUUGUACGCUGGGUUGCAUCUCAUGGAUCUGCCCAGCUACCGAUCAACCUUCAACAAGGGUUUUUGCUAGGUGGAACCUCUGCUGGUGCCAACUUCACAGCCGGGAUCUCACAUUUGGCUGUCCGUGAAGGGCUAUACCCUCCGCUGACAGGUCUUCUCUUUCUAGCUGGGAGCUUCUGUCAUCCAGAUGCACGUCCGGCAAAAUAUCAAGAUCGCAUUCUGAGCGUUGAUGAAAUCAAUAACGCGCCAGGAUUGACAAGGAAGUCCAUUGAUUACUUCGCAGGAAAAUAUGGCGCGCCGCCCGAGGAUAAACGACUUUCUUCCCUGCUCUUUGAGUCACAUGCUGGUCUGGCACAGAGGGCGGCAUUCUUCGUUUGUGGAUGGGACCCUCGGCGGGAUGAAGCCUUGCUGUUUGAACAGCUUCUCAAGCAAGAGAAGAUUGGAACCAAACUAUAUGUCUAUCCGGGUCUGCCUCAUGGAUUCUGGACUACGUGCCCAGAUCUAGAGGUUUCAAAGAGCUGGCGGUCGGACUUGGUGGAAGGGGCUCAAUUCCUGUUGAAGUAG